AUUUAUUACAUCCCUAAGAUCUGAAACAUUUGCAUGCAAAUAAAUGCACUUAGUAAAGUGCACUAUGAACAUGAUGUAAUAAAACGAAGUAAAAACAUAAUGUAAAUUUUCUACUGAGGUGGAGGCAUAGUGAAUAAUAAGACUUGACGUAAUGUUAAUACGUAAACUUCAGUAUUCAUAAUCCGUUGAUUCUGUGUCAAUCGAAUGUGAAAUACCAGUUUGUGAUAACAUAAAACUAUUCUUCUUUCAGAAAAUUGGUAUGAUCUGAGAUUUGAUUACACACAGUUUUUGAUUCAAUGUUCUUUCUUCUUUUAUCAAGUUUGUGCUCUUUUUGAUAAACUAUGGAUCUUUCUAGAUUCUAUUUGUAAUACAUAGUAUGACCACAUUAUCUUCAUAUGUAUGUAACUAAUUCAACUGCAUACGUUUAUCAAGUAAAUAAUAUCGAUCGCAUAAGACAUAAGGGAAGCGUGGUGACUAGUUACAUUCUUCUAAAAAAUAAUAAAAAAAUAGAUGCGUGUCACUAAAAUUCUACAGAAUAAAGUAUACUGUGAAUUUCAAUAUUGAGUUUGAUAUUAAUUUUUCUCCCCUGUGUACAGUGCUAAUAUCUUAUAUGCCUUAAAGGAUGAACAAACAACAAUAUACAUCAUUUCUUCGCAGUAAAAUGCAUACAAAAUUAUGUCGGAGGUGGGAAAGGUGUUAGAAGUUCACAUAAAUUAGAACAUAUAUUUGUUUAUUCUUUGACUAUGACAACAUAUUGCCAUUUUUUAUCGAUAAACUGGUGAUAAUAUACACAUGAAUGUAUUACAUGGAAAGCAAUACAUUGGAAAUUUCGAAGAAAUAUUUUAUAUUGGUUAAAUAUUGAUAUUAAACUUACUAUCAACAGAGUAAUGGAAUAAAAAUGAAGCUUUAUAAGUUGAUAGUACAUCAAAAAACCUUUAGUGAAGAAGAUCUUAUAAUUAAUCCAAAAGAUCACCCAGGUAUAAAAACUGGAGAUGUUGUUGAAAUUUAUCAACCAGAAGUUGAAUUCAGUCGUCUGCUACUGCAAGUCACAUCUUUCAAAGAAGAUCUACAAGGACGGGAAACGAUUAGCGUGGAGAAUAAUGUAGCAACAAUGUUUCAAUUAAGAACAUUUGGAGAUGUCUACAUGAAUAUUGUAAAUCCAGAUGAUGUAGCUUUGGAUUCUGUUGAACUUACGUUUAAAGAUCAAUAUUUGGGACGUAGUGAAAUGUGGCGGCUAAAAAAUAGCUUGGUUAACACUUGUGUGUAUAUGAACAAGAAAAUUGAAUUUUGUGGAGGUAGUAUAAGGUGUCAGGUAUACGAGAUGUGGUCACAAGGAGAUCGGGUAGCCUGUGGUGUCAUAAAUAAUGAUACUAAGGUUGUAUUUCGUUCUUCAACAAGCAUGGUAUAUCUCUUCAUUCAAAUGAGUUCAGAAAUGUGGGACUUUGACAUACAUGGUGAUCUCUACUUUGAAAAAGCAGUUAAUGGUUUCUUAGCUGACUUGUUCCAAAAGUGGAGAAAAAAUGGUAGCAAUCAUGAAGUGACAAUAGUUCUAUUUUCAAGAACAUUUUAUAAUGCUACUAGUUUGGAGGAAUUCCCAAAUCAUAUGCGCGAAUGUUUACAACACGACUAUAGAGGACGAUUUUAUGAAGAUUUCUAUAGGGUGGUUGUACAAAAUGAACGAUUUGAAGAUUGGAGCAAUGUAUUAGUGCAAUUACGAAAAUUGUUCACAGAUUAUCAAAAAAUUGUAUUAGAGUAUCAUCAGAAACCGGGUGAUAUUAUACCAAAAGCAGUGAAUUCAACAGCAGCACAAGGGAAUUUUUUAGAAGUUUUAAAUAUGUCAUUAAACGUGUUUGAAAAGCAUUACUUAGAUCGUAGUUUUGAUAGAACUGGUCAGUUGUCAGUGGUGAUCACACCAGGUGUAGGUGUUUUUGAAGUUGAUAGAGAGUUGACAAACGUGACAAAACAAAGAAUUAUUGAUAACGGGGUUGGUAGCGACUUGGUAUGCGUUGGCGAACAACCAUUACAUGCAGUUCCUUUAUUAAAGUUUCACAAUAAGGAUACAUCUGUAAAUGCGCCAGACGACUAUAGUAUGCCACACUGGAUUAAUCUCAGCUUCUAUUCAACAAAUAAAAAAAUACCGUACUCAACGUUCAUACCUCGCAUAAAACUUCCUCAAAGGGUAUCAAAACAAUCAGCGGUAGAAAACGGUAAAUUGCAGUGUAAAAAUAAGCUUUUGCAAGAAGAUCCAAGAGAAUGUUUACACAAUAGCUUAUUUGACUAUGAUGCAUAUGAUGCACAAGUCUUUCAAUUACCCUCCGUUCACACUUCCAGUUUGCAACGAGUUACGACUAGAACCAAAAAGACAAGUGUUGUUAGUAUGGAAACACAUAAUAAUGCACACAUAUUGAAACUUUUAAAAAGAAAAAUGUCUGAUCCUGACAUCCAUCAUCCACCGCCCGAAUUGCAUUCUACUCCAGUAGCUGCAACAAGAAGUGCAGCGAUCUCAAUACCCCAUAGAACCGACGAUAUUGCCAGUAGUGAAUCAAAUGGAGAAAUAAAUGAAUCAAGAACGUCAAUUAAAAGCGAUUUAACGGAUUCGGAAAUAUCGCCACCCUUUAGGCCAGUCGUUGGUAGUGCGGGGAGUCCAACAAAUACUAUAUCGCAACCAACAAGUAUCAUUAGGCCUAGCAGGGCACUUAUUAAUCCUUUUGAUCCCUCCCAUGUUACAAUAAAGCUUACUAGUAACAGACGGAGAUGGACACACAUUUUUCCCAAAGGACCAACGGGAGUGCUAAUACAACAACACCAUUAUCAAGCUGUGCCAGCACAAAUGUGUUCACAAUCACAAUGUGAUAUUUUUUCUACUGUAAGUGGAUCACCUAUGGAGCAUACUGAGAUCUCAAAUGCAAAUCAAUUCCAUGAUCAUGCUAAAAUGAAACCACAAAAAUUAAAUCUGUCUUUAUCAAGCAGUGAUAAAGGUGGAAACCCAGUAUCUUCCACAGGAAAUAAAUCAUUGACAUUGUUAUGGGGUGCCACUGGUGAACAAGAGUGGACACCAGCACUAACUACAGCAAUCAUAGGUGUCGAUUGGAAAUCACUGACAAUUCCAGCAUGUUUACCUAUUACUACAGAUUAUUUCCCAGAUAAAAGGAGUUUGCAAAAUGAUUAUGUUGUCUCAGAUUACAAUCUCCUACCAGAUGAUGUUAAUACUGAUUUUGCACAGCAGCGGGCGAUAUAUAAAAAGCCUUUAACAACUGCAGAAGUGUUUAAAGAACUUGUGUCACAACGAUUAGCGCAGGGUUUCCAAUUGAUUAUCUUACCUACAACUAAUAAAAAUCAAAGCAAUACACCUGGUAGUGCGGUUCCAGCAAUAAGUACCGUAAUGCGCGGUCGACAAACUGAAUCAGAGCCUAAGGAAGAGUACUUGUUAAGUAUUGGUAGGAUUUUCCAUAAAAUAUCUUUAUUUGAUAACAGUAUAACUGUCACGAGAUAUCGACCAAGGCACCCCUACCCACCAUUUAAUAUUCAUUAUCGUUACCGAUUUCAUGCACCCCACCACGAUACAUAUGAAGUAUCAUGGGUGUCUUUUACAACAGAAAAACUGGAAAAUUAUAAUUGGAAUUAUUUGGAUCAUUAUAUUUGUACAAGAGGUCAUACAGAUUUUGCCUUAGUGGAAGCUCUUAAAUAUUGGAGAUUUCGUGUAUUUCUACUGCCAUUACAUAAUACGGUGACUCGAAAAUUUUUGGAAGGAUCAUCGAGAUGCGAUAUAUACACACCUCUCACUACCACAGAUCAAGUUUCUCUAAUGGAUGGAUUUCUGCGCUUCAUUGAACUGUGGCCGAACAAAAUACGACGUCAAAAUCCCAACAAAAACUGGCAUGAUAUGUUUCAGAACCCUUCGGCUCUAGGUGGUGUUCCCCCAAGAGAUCCUGCCUCUCAUUUGACCAGACGCAGGCACAGCACGAGCCUGAUAGUCCUCACUAACCAGACCAGUCUAGUUGGCAGCUCUCCCUUCAGGGAGCGACUUGGAAGCAAUCGUCUACCAGAGAAACCAAGACCAAGAUCAGGAUCUAAAGUAAUGGACAGAGGACGAAUCUCACCAGCUAGUGAAGCUGUAUUACCACUUUCACUUGAACAGCAACAAGACCAUUUUGAAUCUAAUGAAGACAGUACAAAUAUGGAGUUGAUGAAGAUAAAAAGCACUGCAUCAAAAACUGAAAUUCUGGAAGCAAUGAAACAUUUGCAAUCUGGUGUAGGGUUCCUCACUCAACAUCCAUCGCUACCAAGUCAAACAUUUGUUAGCGCUGACGCUGUGCAAUGGUUGAAUAAUCAUAUAGAAGGAGGAGUGACAGUGGAAGGAGCUAUUAACAUUAUGAAUGGCAUGAUUCAAGACAAGUUGAUUUGCCACGCUUCUGGUGAUUUUUCGAAACCGUUCAUUUUAGGAUUCUAUCUGUACCAUGUGGUACAAGAUAAGGAGAAUCAAAGAGCAACAGAUAAUUUUUCACCUACCGGUGAUUUACAAAGCUUUGAGAACGAAUGGGUAGAAGUAGAAAUAAAAGCACCAAAAAGUUGGUGUGAACCAACUUCCGCAGCGUCUUUCCCAACGAUAUCUUCACCGAUAAAUAUACCCAGUUGUGAUACAGUUGACGAGUCAAAUGUGCCCCCGUUCCUUAAAGACGAUUUAGACUUGAUAGACUGUGUUCAGGACACAGAAUGGAGAGCUCCACCGUACAAGCACACUCAUUUAGAUAUCGAUAUAAAUAAUAAAAGCGACAGAAUUGAGUGGGGUCAUUUGAGAUACCAAUCCAUAUAUAAAGUGGACCAUUCUUAUGAGCUCGUGGUACAAUGGGUAGCUUCAUCCGGCAGUAUAGUCGCCGAUCUUAUUUUCGUGUGGCAACGAAAGGCUCAAACAUGCGGGAUUCAAAUGGUUCCUAUUCCCAGUGAUCUACUAGCUCUACCAUUCACUUUAAAAAGCGAUCCUCUAAGAGGGCCUAUAUUUAUUCCACUCAAUACAGAUUGUCUCGUAACAAAUAAACAACCACUUUUUGAAGAAUUUCGAGAAGAGACCUACGCGCAACGACUAUUUCUGUUCCAAGAAGCAAUUGUACAGAGAUUUGGCUUUAUCCCAUGUCUUAUAGAAAGUACAGAAAAUGAUCACCAAUAUGUGCAUAUGACUGGCAACGCAUUUAUACUUAUUCCUUCUACAACGAACACGAGGUUUCGUCCCAGAGCGUCUACGAAUGUCGUGAGACGAAAUACAGGACAAAAAGGAUAUCCGGUUCAUCCUGAUCAACCUAGUCCGCACGAGGCUUACAUUACAAGACAUGUUAGCGGGAAAAAUAAAAAUGAUUACAGCAUAGAUAGAAGGAUUGGGUUUCUUUGGUCAUGGAAUCAUAUGGUCAGUCGAAAAUGGAAGUCAGCAUCGACACUAGCCGGCGAUGAAUUAUUUCAGAAAAAACUCAUUCAAGACUUUAGGCAUUUUUGUUCGAAUGGAGAUAACAGACUGAAGUACUUCUGGGAAUGUUGUUGGGAAAUCAAAGAAAAAUCAGGCACACGAACAUUUUAAAGCCUUUCAAAUGAUCUACUAAAUAGGUCCUGUUCCAUAGGCUUACAAUUUUGUUACCACAAUGGAAUUUAUUUUUGCCAUAAUCGGUCGUGUUUAUUUUAUAUUAUUGAAGAAAAUGUUUAAUUGUACCAUAAAGGAAGCAUGUAAAAACAGAAAAUAUUCAAAGGAGUAGCUGUAAAGGAAUUUAAAAACACUAUAAUAUAUAUUUACGAGUUUACUUUGUUUAGUUUGCAUAAGACAAAUGUUGUUUUUACGAAACUAGUAAUAAUAAAUUUAUAAUUUUUGUUACUUA